UAAUAAAAAUACUAAAAAGUAAAUAAUAAAAAUACUAAAAAGUGAAAAGUAUUUACUAAAAAGUAAAUAGUCAAGAAAAAAAGUGUUUUUUUUUAAAUUAGUUAAAGAAGAAAGGAUAUUCAAAAAUUGGAGUAAAAAAAGUACGCUGAAAUAUUUACGAAUAAAGAAAAAGAAAAACUAUACACACGGAUGAAAUGAUAGAAAAUGAUAAGAGUUGGUGAUCGCACGAUAAAAUGACAAAAAUACCGGUUCAAAUGGUAAAAUCCCGAAUAAAAUGAUUGUACGCGAUAAUAAAACACAGAACGAAAGUGAUUACAUGAUAAAAUAAAGAAAAUGAUUACAUACCGAUAAAAUAGAAAUGACACCGAUCAAGUCAAAUGGAUGAAAAGAAAAGAUAAUGGAGAGAACUAAAUCACGAUAAUGCGACAAAGAAAUACAAAUUGACGAAUAGAAAAAGUAGGAAAAAAAAUACGAAAUAGAAAACGAACUAGAAAAUUGUAAGACUUCUUCGAAGAAAAAAAAGUUAGAAUCGAUCGAAGACGGAACUGAAGAGAAAUUAAGGAUUCGAUCGAAGACGAAAUUUCGAGGAAACAGUGAAGAUUCGAUCGAAGACAAAAGUGAAGGAGGGAAUUUAAUUUCGAUCGAAGGUAAAACGGAAGGGAAAUUGAAGAUUCGAUCGACGACGAAACACUGCGAAGAAGAACUUCGAUUGAAGACAAAAGUGAAGGAGGAAUUUUAAUUUCGUUCGAAGGUAAAACGGAAGAGAAAUUAAAAAUUCGAUCGACGACGAAACACUGCGAAGAAGAAGAAACUUCGAUCCAAGACAAAAGUGAAGGAGGAAUUUUAAUUUCGUUCGCGGAUGAAACGCGGGAGAAAUUGAAGAUUCGAUCGAGGACGAAACUGCGAAGAAGAACUGAAGCUUCGAUCGAAGACAAAAGUGACGAGGAAUUUAAAUUUUGUUCGCGGAUAAAACGGAAGAGAAAUUGAAGAUUCGAUCGAAGGGGAAACGGAAGAGAAAUUAUAGCAUCGAUCGAGGACGAAACUGAGUUUCGAUCGAAGACGAAACUGAAAAUUCGUUCGAAGACGAAAACGGAAGAAAAAUUGAAACUUCGUUCAAAGAUAAAACGAAAGAAGUUCUAUGAAGAAAAACUAAAGAUUCGAUCGAAGGCAAAACUUAAAUUUUGACUCGUUUCCAGCGAAAAAACAAGAAUGAUUUCAAAAAAACGACUCGGAAUGAAAAAAGAGAGAAGACAAACUUUGCAAAAUGUUAACCGUGAUUAUUGUUCGUCGAGAAUAAAAGAUUGACGCGCCACUUUAAGCAUCGAUCGGCUUAUUUCAUUGGAAAAGGGAAUAUAAAACGCAAAAGGAAAAAGAGAGGGAGAAAGAGAGGAGGAGGAGGAAGAGAGGAUAUAUCAAGUGGUAAUACUGUGAAGCUGGUGUCGAAUUUCCCGCAUGCAUUCACUUUUAGAGAGAGCAUGAAAAGUGCGAUGCUGCAGUAAUUAGUGCAGGAUUACAAAGAGACCAUGAGCGGUCCAAGUUAAAGGGUUGAAGGGUGUGUGCCUUUGGCGAAGAACAAACGUGUUGUGUCAAUGUGUCUGUGUUGAUAAAAAAAAAAAAAAAGAAAAAGAAAAAAAAAUGUGCUGGUGCCAGUGGAGUGUUGCGACAAUGGUGUCGGUACUGCUGAAGGUUGCUGCAGUGUACUCACAGGUUGAGAUAUCUGAUCUGGAUAAGCCAAUUCCAAUUACACCGGUAACUGGAGUUGCUGGCGGGAAAGUUCAACUUCCGUGCGAUAUUCAUUCGUCGCGUAAUGACCCCGUUGUCAUGGUUCUCUGGUACAAAGAAGGAAGCAAUGAACCAAUUUACAGUGUCGACGCACGUGGUAGACGUCCAAUUUCGAAUGCACGAUUGUGGUCAUCGCCAUUGGCUUUAGGUCCAAAGGCUUACUUCAUCUCGACGGCAAAAUCGGCUCAUCUGAGUAUCGAUCGUUUAGAAUUGAAGGACGAGGGUGUAUAUCGUUGUCGAGUUGACUUCGAGAAUUCACCGACGAGAAAUCAAAAUAUAAAUCUUACAGUAAUUGUGUCUCCCGAAAGACCAACUAUUCGUAAUGGUUCGACGAAGGAAAUAAUCACGAGAAUUGAGGAGCCAUAUAACGAGGGCAGUAGCGUGAAUUUGAUCUGUGAAGUUCAUGGUGGAAAACCGCCCCCGAAGGUUACGUGGUUUCUAGAGAAUACGGUGAUAGACGAGUCCUAUCAGUACAGAGACGACGCGAAUGUGACGUCUAACCACUUGUCCUAUUCAGGAGUUGGACGACAGCAUUUGCAAGCGAGGCUCAUCUGUCAAGCCAGCAAUACCAAUUUAGUGCCAGCGCAAUCUCGUGUUUUGGUACUCGACUUAAAUCUAAAACCGCACAAAGUACAAAUUCUGACGAAGGAGAAGAAAGUAAUGGUGGAUAAAAAAUACGAGGUGGAGUGCAGAGCUACAGGCUCAAAACCGGAAGCUGUGAUAACUUGGUGGAAGACUAACGAACAAAUGACAAUCUCCAAGACCUAUGGAUUGAAGAACAAUCAAACACUGAGUGUUUUGAACUUUGUGCCGAGUAUUAAUGACGACGGGAAAUACUUGACAUGUCGAGCUGAAAAUCCAGUGAUACCUGAUAGUGCAAUAGAGGAUAAAUGGUUUUUAGACGUGCAUUACCCGCCGGUCGUGACCUUAAGAAUGGGGGAACCUCUCAUCUCCAAAGACAUCAAAGAAGGCGAUGACGUCUAUUUUGAAUGUAGCGUCAAAGCCAAUCCAAAGGCUUACAAAUUGUCCUGGUACAAAGACGGUAAAGAAAUAAGAGGAACAACUGGCACCAUCUUGAGUGAUCGUUCUUUAGUACUUCAAAGAGUCACACGAAAUUCAGCUGGAAAUUACACCUGUCGAGCUGUCAACAACGAAGGGAAAACAGACAGUAAUCCCGUCACUCUCCAGAUAAUGUAUACGCCGAUGUGUAAGGAGGGCAAAGCAGAGGUGGUGGUUGGUGCCUUAAAACAAGAAACUGUAUCAUUAUUGUGUGCAGUUGACAGUCAUCCUCCACCUCAGACAUUCCAUUGGACUUUUAACAACUCAGGAGAGUUAAAUGAACGGCCCGAACAUAACUCUAUAUUAAACUACACGCCUGCCACAGAUAUGGAUUAUGGAACGAUUGCCUGCUGGGCGAGUAACCAGGUGGGCAGACAACGGACGCCCUGCCUGUUUCAAGUAAUUGCGGCAGGGCGUCCGUACGUGUUGCAUAAUUGCACAGCGAAUGAAAUGUCCUCGCCAUUGGAAUUAGAAGAAAUUGGCUCGAAAUCGGGAACUGGAUUAAUGGUUCGUUGUUUAGAAGGUUACGAUGGCGGUUUGCCAAUUCAAAGUUAUCAUCUUGAAGUGGUGAGCGACGAUGAGGACAAUGAUGGACCAAUUAUUUUAAACAAAACAGUGCCAGCAAAUCCGGGUGGUCCAUUUUUUGAAGUUGCCGGCCUCUCUACGGGAAAAAGCUACAAAUUAUUCCUCUACGCGGUUAACUCUAAAGGACGCAGUGAACCCACAAUAUUGGAACCAGUGACUCUAAAAGGCGUCGCCAUGUACACCACGGGCAACACUGAUGCGCCAUUGUUGAGUCCACUGCUUUUGGGUUUGGCAGCGACUGCAACACUUUUGGCACUUGCCGUAGCCGUUUUUGUGGCAGCUUUAUAUCGGAAGCACUCUGGCGGCCGUGGAGGAAGUCCAAAGCACGCUCCUAUCGUGUGUGAACCACCUAAUGCAGGUUCAACUACUCCUGUACAUUCUCAAACUAAACAAGCGGUCGAAGAUAUCGAUCCUGACAUUAUACCCAACGAAUAUGAAAGAAGACCCUUAACGUAUACCCCUGUCUGCAAGACACCGCCACAAAGACGGAGGAAGGAUCGGACAACAGAUGACGCUACCUCACCGGAGAAGAAGCCUAUCGUCCGAUCGACAAUUGAUCUUCAACAAGAUCUAAGAUUGGCCGAUUCAUCGCCAAUGCCGACAAUAAAUUUCACUCACAAUCAUGUUCUUCAGCCAAUUUUGUACAGUCAAACGCCAACAAUGGCGGAAUUUAAACAAAUGGCAAUGGACGCCUACAAUCAACGUAACAAUCAUAAUGUUUAUUACAGUCUCCAAAGGAGCAAAGGAAUCUCGUCACUGCAACAAAGGCCAGUUUCUUCGAGUCUCUCAGCACAGGGUAAAAUUCAUACCCCGGAAGUUGUGACGCGCUCGAAUAGAAUACAAGAAAGUUGUAUAUAAAUCCUCGAAGACUGUCAGCAUUUUUUUUCCCCUUUUAUUUUCAUUUUUUUUUUUGUACGAGGCCGAGCGUAAAAGAUUUUGCAAAAAAAAAAAAGAAUAAAAUGAAAAAAGAAAGAAAGAAAAAAAAUUAACAAAAGAAGAAAAGUCGUACAAGCGUUCUGUAUAGAGAAUUAAAAACAAAACUGUAAUAUCGACUGCCUCUGAACUACGAACUUUAAGCAGAAAUUUAUUAAAAAAAAAUUCUUAUACAAAAAAUGACGAAAACUACAAUAAAAUGUGUAGUCUUCGUUUAUUUGAUGUACCAGUUUAAAGAUGAUUAUGAAAAAAAACUAAUUAUCUCUUUUUACCGUUCAUUGUGUACAAAACUAACAGAGUUUUAUUCUAAGGCUCGAUCGUUCUGACGUGAAUAGAGACGGAAAUUAGAAAAAAAAAAUUUAAUAUUAGUACUUAAAAAAUAUAUGUAUUUUACUCUCCCUUUUUUUCUACAAAAAUUUUAUAAUGUAAUUUUUCAUAUAAA